UGAAACCGCAGAGCUUCCGCUUCCUAGUUUUUCCGCUGUGCGUGGAAGUUUAAAAUUAGUGCUACAAGUAUGUUUUCGGUUGUAAUAAACAUUGUUCUAUCACUAUGACGAUAGGCUAACGCUGCAAACGAAAACGUGGAUGGUGUUCAAGACCCAAGAAUGACAACAGGAAGCUCACCAGGACAGUGGCACACUGUAACUGGCUGCAGCUCCGCAAAUGAGGAUGAGGAAGUCUAUCCUGCCAUGUUUGUGGAGUCCCUUUUUGAACCACCAGAGGACAACUACUUGGACAGGGGGAAGCUCCUUGAGAACCUGCUCACAAUCUCACAUAAUGGCAUGCCGGUAAUUCAAGAGCGAACAGAGUAUCCAUGUCCACUGUGCCACUGCAACUUUGGAAACCUGCAGGACCUGGUGCUGCAUGAGUGCCCUGCAGAGGGCCCCAUCAAGGAGUCCCUGUCCUGCUGUUUCUGCUACUACUCCACACAUUCUCAUUCAGAGUUCAGAACACACCUCAAACUCCAUACAUCCACGGUACUACGUUGUGGCCACUGCAAUGCUAUCUUUGGAAGAGAGGGUGAAAUUGCUCUUCACCUCCAGAAACACGACCCAAAUGGUGACCUCAAGCACCUUAUCCCCCACCAGACAUUUAUGCUCCAGUCUUCCCAAGUCUCUCUUUCUUCAAAGAACGGAGCUAUUCCCAUAUCUCCCACUGUUAUCAUACCUUCUCUUGAAGCAUCUUACGCAAGAUACCUGUGCACACUGUGCAGUGCAAGCUUUGACAGUCUUGGAUUCUUGGCCAAGCACGGAAUGCACCACAAGGAGUACCCCAAUGUAAAGUUUCAUGAGAACUGCCUAAUACGAGGAUACCCUCCAGCAUUGCCUCAUAGUGGAGUGGUGACAUGUAGUCAGUGCAAUCACAGUAUGACCCAUCCAGUAGAAGUUAUGGCGCACCAGUGCAUGCAAGCCAAUUCUCAGCUGUAUCAGUGUCCCUUCUGCCAGUACACCACAUAUGUGAUGGGAAGUCUGGAGAGGCACAAGAAGCUGCACUUCAAGCAUCAGUGUACCCGCUGCAAUGCUCACUUUCUCAACUUGUCAGCCCUCAGGGCUCACUUCUGCCUGGGAAGGGCACCACCCACUGUCCUCAUCACCCCUUGCAAAGAGAGCGAAGUGAAGGUCCAAGUGCCAACUCAAAUGGGAGUUACGUGCAAGACCUGCGAUGAAAAGCUGCCCAGUACCACCGCUGCAUUGAACCACAACUGCAAGAUUUUCUGCUGUCCUGUCUGCCCCUUUGAGACUAACAAGCGAGAUGGUGUGGCCAUGCACGUGGAAUAUGCUCAUACACACAAAUGUGAUGGCUGUGGGUGUACCUUUAUUUCACGUGAAAGGCUACAGAUCCACAAAAUGUAUAACUGCAAGAGAAAGAAGCGACGAGGGACGGGCGCAGAUGAAGAAGACAUUCCAUUGUCUCACCUCAAAAAACAGCAGCAGAGACACAAAGCGCAGCAGAGGCUUAGGCAGGCCAGGGCUGUCGCGAAGAGGGUCAAAGAGGCACUAGACACGCCGACCUCCUCUGAUGCAUCCACUGUGGCAACUCCAGAAGAGCCAAAAAAGCGGCGCGGAAGGCCCCCUGGUAGGCGGAAAACACCACCAAGUGAACCAACCAGGGCAUCCACGAGACCACGCCGAUCACGAAAGCUAUCGGUCCAAGUUUUGAGUGAUAGUGAUUAGAACAAAGACAAGACUCUGCCAGAAUACUCUGGCAGGAACCGCUGUUAUUCUACUUGCCUUCUAGCAACACAAGGAAAAUGCGAUUCAUUAUAAGAGCUUACAGUGCCCAUUCACACCUGAACCGUGGCACACAGGAUGUGACAUCCAAGAAGCCUUCUGAUGUUCCACAUAUUGCUCUGACCACAGCAUCUAGUGACCUGCUGGUCUACUGCCUGACUGUAGAGUGAGCGGGAAAAAACUGUCUUGUUAAGGUAACGUUGCGAGAAACAUGUAGAAGGUAAUGACAUACCGCCAAAUAUAUGCCAACCUGUUUGUCUAAGACACAUGAACCAUCAGACAACCAAGUCACGUCCAUGUGGAAAUCUGAUAUUCAGACUCAGUUGUGUGCUAAGGAGGAGUGGGGGGGGGGGAGCGAGAUAUGUGGGCAUGUUCCUUCUUUAUUUUAAAUUUUGUUCAUCGUCAAUCAUUACAGCUCGCUCUUUUAUUGAAGGCUGUCGCGUGACACGUUGUUAACUUAAGACCGCCUUUUGCAGCUUCUUUCGGGGCUCAUUCUUAAUUAGCACGAAGGAGAAAACGUUAUUAAUCGUACCUGGCUCACUUUAUACAUGACAAGGCAUUGCCAUAUUCUGCUGUGUUUAUUCACACUAAGUACUGGGUCUCCUUGAAAUAAAAUUGUGAUUGCUACUUCUUAAAAGACGUGUAUGUGCCACUACAAACACACUCAAUUCUUGAUGAUUUCUUUGAUGUUCUCAAAUGCCACUUGAAAAGUUUGUUUAUUUUUUGGAAAAUACAGAUGAAGAAAUGCUGAGUGCAGAAAGUGGGAUUGCACAUUGCAGCCCGCUAUGAAUUAUUUCUUUCAGGGCCUGAUAUUACAUGAUCUGAGGCAUGCAGGACAGUUUGGGGUAUACUGGUUAAUUUACAUUCUCUUAUAUUUUGCACUUCGAGACAUUAUCUGUGAAGUUACUUGCAGCUGUCAAAAUGUUUCCACCUCACUAUGGCUUUCGCUGUUUCUAUGGCUGUGCCCUUUAGUUUCUUUGUUGCUCGCCCAUUAGAGAGCAAAACAAAUUAUAUUUCUGGACAGUCUGGACAAUGCUUCAAUUUUAGUUCCUGAAAGCUUGGUCAUUGUAUGUUUGGACAGUCAUAAACUGUCCUUGUUUCUGUUUCGUGUGACCCUUUUAUGGACAGAAUUUAAAUCAAGGUACCUGUUGUCAAAUUUUUUUUUUUUUUCCUUUCUUGAAAUUCGACAUUGGUUGUGCAUCACAGCGAAAAGAAAACAUGCCAUACAUUGCUGAACUUGCUGAAAUAAUGUUUGGAAGUUUGCUACAGUAUGUUUAAUGAUGUAUGUCACAUCUCUAGUACCCUCGUACACACACAGAAAAUGCAUCAGUUUACGGUAAAUUGUCACAUUGAUCUCCUUUAAUUAAUUCAAACUAUAUCAUCAAAUGAGAUGUCCUCAUGAGGUAUAUUUGUUAUUGCAGUAGGCAGGAAUGAACUGAAAAUUAUUUGCGGAAUGGGACCAGAGCAAUUCUAACAAUAAGGCAGUUCUAACAAAUCAGGUUAUGUUGUAUCUCCACAUUACUUCUUGCUGCCAGGUUGAACACAGUGACAUACCAUCUUAUGUCACAAGCGUGUUAUUUGUUUGUAAAGGUACUUGGUAGAGUGGUUGAUGCUGUGUAUGGUACUGCAGCCCGUGUGCCUAUGUAGCAUGUACAUUACAUGCAUUUGUGGCAACAGUAAUUAGUAUCCUGGAGCCCUCUUCCCGCAAUGUUGGAGAUGGAGGGUGAAACUUUUUACAGAAACUGUGUUCAUUGUAGGACAUUGUUUUGCUUCACUUGUGCCCUAAAGUGUGUUAUUGUUCAGGUGUGCCAUGCCAUAUGAUAAUACACAUUUUGUAAAAACAUUCAUAUUUGA